UUAUUCAAAUUCUAUGUUGAAUUUCGAAUAUUUCAUGCUGUCCGGUAAAGUUGUGUGACGAUCAUAGUAUGCCUGACUAAACAGCUGUCUUUCCAUGUAUUAAAAAUGGCGUCCAUGUCGCAUAACACAUGAUUUCUAUAGUCUUUAAGUUUGAAUACAUGGAAUUUUUAUAACUGUGGCUGUGAAACAAUUUAUGCAAGGUAAAUUCGCAGUUUACACCAAUGCAUAGAUUUGUUUUGUAUAGUGUAUGUAUAUCUAUAUUAUGAUCAUUGUAUAUAAUACACUUCUAAUGGUAAUAUUGCACUUGUAUUUUCAAAGAUGAUUUCAACAAGGUAUGCCUCCUUUAUAUCAGGAAUAAUAAUAGCAUCUGCCACCUGGGCCUUCAGCUUGUAUCUUUAUUCAAGAUUGUCUCAGAAUUCAAAUACAGCAAAUCCAACAAUGUUUGUAGCUGAUUUAUCUAGACCUUUAAAAGAGUCUGUAUUUGAUCAGAGAGUUAAUCAUGACCAUACAGGCGAAUUAGUACUACGUGAUAAUUCCAUAUCUGAAUUUCAUCAUAAAGAAUCUAAUGGUAAUGAGGCUUACAAUUCUAAGGGUAAAAAACUAAAUCAACCUUACCAAAACAGUGAAAAACUCUUGCAACAAUUGCAACCAUUACCAGUUAAACCAUCUGUCACUCUUGGUCAAGGUCUUGAGGAGCUUGGAAUGGUAAGAAAUGUAGCAGAGCAACAAAAACGCGAUGAAGGCUACAAAAAUUAUGCAUUCAAUAUACUAGUAUCCGAUAACCUCAGUCUUCAAAGAGAAAUCCCUGAUACAAGACACAAGCUUUGUAAAGAGCAAACAUUUCCAAAGAACUUACCAAAUGCAAGCAUUGUCAUUUGUUUCUACAACGAGCAUUAUCAAACACUACUGCGAUCAUUACACUCCAUUAUUGACAGAACACCAAAAGUCUUGCUGCAUGAAAUUAUUUUGGUUAACGAUUGGAGUGAAAGCGAUGCAUUGCACGAGAGAAUAAAUCGCUACGUGAAUAAUAAUUUUAACGGGAAAGUUAAACUAUUCAAGACUGAAAGAAGAGAGGGUUUGAUCAGGGCUAGAAUGUUUGGAGCUAGAAAAGCUACUGGCAAAGUGUUGAUCUUCUUGGAUAGUCACAUUGAAGUUAAUAAGAUGUGGAUAGAACCAUUGCUCUCAAGAAUUGCUAUAUCAAGAACUAUUGUACCCAUGCCAGUUAUUGAUAUUAUUAACGCAGAUACAUUUCAGUAUACCAGUAGUCCUCUAGUGAGAGGUGGUUUUAAUUGGGGAUUGCAUUUCAAAUGGGACAACUUGCCUGUAGGCACUCUAGUUCAUGAUGAAGACUUUGUAAAACCUAUCAAAUCCCCAACUAUGGCUGGCGGAUUAUUUGCAAUGGAUCGACAAUACUUUAUAGAAUUGGGCGAAUAUGAUUCUGGGAUGGACGUGUGGGGUGGUGAAAAUUUAGAAAUCUCAUUUAGGAUAUGGAUGUGUGGUGGCAGUAUAGAAUUAAUUCCGUGUUCCCGCGUGGGACACGUAUUCCGUAGACGUAGGCCUUACGGUGGUGAUGAUCAACAUGAUACCAUGCUUAAAAAUUCACUGCGCGUUGCUUACGUUUGGAUGGAUAAAUAUAAGGAAUACUUCUUACGAGAUGCUAAAAAAGUUGAUUACGGCGAUAUCUCUGAAAGAGUGGCCCUACGUCAAAGGUUAAAGUGUAAAGACUUUUCUUGGUAUCUGGAUACUGUUUAUCCUGAGCUGGUAUUACCUGAUGAUAGCGAAAGACAUUUAAAAGAUAAGUGGGCGAGAAUCGAUCAGAAACAAGUGCAACCCUGGCACUCGAGAAAAAGAAAUUACACGGAUCAAUAUCAAAUUAAAUUAGCUAAUUCAGCUUUAUGCAUACAAAGUGAAAAAGAUAUUAAAACAAAAGGUUCGAAGCUUAUUUUAGCACCAUGUCUACGAAUAAAAUCACAGAUGUGGCACGAAACUGACAAAAAUGAAUUAAUUCUUGGCCAAAUGCUUUGCAUGGAAGCUAAUGAGAAAAGGCCAAUUCUUGGUAAAUGUCAUGAAAUGGGUGGAAAUCAGGAAUGGCGCCACAAGGGAAGCAAUGGAACUCCUAUUUAUAAUAUGGCUGCUGGUACAUGUCUGGGUGUAAUGCGUGCAAACAGAAAGUCUCAAAUUAUUAUGGAUUUGUGUAAAAAACAUGACUCUUCUUUGAUAAAUUGGGACCUUGUGCGCUCAAAAUUGCCUGCAACAGAGAUGAGAUGACGUAGGAGAAAAGGUCGCAGGAAUAGGCGGAAGGAAGAUGAAGAUUGGCUUGGUCGUAAAUGGUAAAAGAUAUAACGCAUAAUCAAACAAUUUACGUGAAACAUUUGUGAUAAAUACGGGGAUGUUUAUUGUAAUCUUAACGAAUGUUUGACUUCGUAAUCGAUAUAUUCAUAAUACUCUAAUGUCCCUUCAUAGUACAUAUUUCGUAAAAGUCUCGAAAUUAGUUAGUAUGCAAGUACUAUAUAAGUAUUUUCGAAUGAGCUACUCAAAAUUUAGAAUAUUAACAUUUAUCUCAAUCGAGUAGUGUGUUGUUUAGAUUCAUAUAAUAAUUGUAAAUCAUUAUACCUGAAGAUAUUGUUGCUGUAGGAGAAAAUAUAACGAAUUGGUGUUUGAGAACAAAGUCAAAAUCUGUAUCUUUAGCCUAGCUGACCAUAGUUAAUAUAAUUAUGACUCAAGGUGUUCCAAAUGCAUUUUAUAGUUUGUGUGAUUAAUGAUUAAGAAAUAGAUAUGUUCCAUCUAUAUCUUUUUGUGAAAUGUUAAUGACUAUUAAAAAUCUCUUUUAAUUGCG